CAACGUGCGUAGACGUGCUUCCUAGGCUGGUGGCCUUGAGUGCAUCUAUAUAUACUUUGAUACAAUAGAUACAAUACUAGAGUGAAGUGCACUGUCUUCCUAGACAUCGCCAUGCAGUCCCUGAUGAUUGUCGCCGUUGCCAUCUGUUUGGCCCAGGCUGUACUAGCAUCAUACUACCCCUGGUACGGCCACAUCUACCCUACCCCUGCGCCUGUGGUGCUGCCCUCAGGCUACCUGGCUGACACCCCAGAGGUCGCCGCCGCCAAGGCAGCGCACUUUGCCGAGGUUGCCAAGGCCGGAGGUGUCGUUCCCUACACUCCCGUCGUCACUCCGGAGGGCUUCUUGGCCGACACUCCCGAAGUGGCAGCGGCCAAGGCAGCGCACUUCGCUGAGAAGGCCAAGGCUAGUUCUGCAGCUGCAGGAGUCCCUCUGCCCUACCCCUACUACCCCUACGCCUACCCGUACUCCUACAGUGUGUACGGAGCUCCUGUGGUUACCCCUGCCGGCUACCUAGCUGACACACCCGAGGUGGCCGCCGCCAAGGCAGCGCACUUCGCAGAACACGCCAAAGCCGCCCAUAACUCCGGGGCUGGUGGGCAGGGCGUGUUGUCCUUGGGGCCAUCUAUAUAUACUGACCUGGGGCGUAGCUCGUCACUGGUCUCCUCCGACACGACGACACCUCCUCAACUCAUCAUGAAGUGCUUGAUUGUUCUUGCCCUGGCUGCCAUGGCCUACGCCGCUCCCUUCGUGCCCCAGGACACCCCCGAGGUCGCAGCCGCUAAGGCCGCUCACCUGGCGGAGGUACAGAGGGCAGCUGCCGCUGUCGGAGUCCCAUUCUACCCUUACUACGGCUACAGCUCCUACGGCGUCCCCGUCGUCACCCCUGAGGGCUUCAUUGCUGACACCCCUGAGGUCGCCGCCGCCAAGUCUGCUCACUUCGCUGAGAAGGCCAAGGCCGCCGCCGCCGCUGCCGCCCCCGCUCCUGCUGUCUCCGUGGUCGCCGCUCCCGCUGCCUACCCGUACGCGUACCCCUACGCUGCCUAUCCCUACGCCAGCGGCUACUACGGCCCCUUUGCCAUCCCCGUGGUCACACCUGAGGGAUUUCUCGCCGACACUCCUGAAGUCGCCGCCGCUAAGGCCGCCCACUUCGCUGAGGUUGCCAAGGCGCAAGCUCAAAAAUAAGUACUGACUGAUCUUCUGUACAACCCGGUGAUUUGGUAGAGUCAGAGCUGAUGAGACCCCAGUUGGACUUUACCAGUCUUAUUUGCUCAAAUGCUUGUGAUAUAUUUUUUCUCUCUUUCUAAAUCUUUUGUAAACAAAAUUUCCGUGCAAUAAAAUAUUUUUGUUGCUAUAA